AACGCUGCUUGAUACCGCGAGAAGCUCGAACCGGUAGAAAAAUCGAGGCGGUAAUCCGGUUCUCCGGCGGAUUUUGCUUCGGAACUGAGGUCGGAGCCGUGAAAUGCGGCCUUCGAUCCUCAACCUCUCUUGCGUUUUCCUGGUUCUCUUCAGCUCCUCGUUUUCGCCCUCGCUCGGCGAUCCUCGAAUCUCGGAGGCGGGCAUUCUAUGCCUCAAAUCCAACGUCACGUCCCCCUCGAACUUCCUCGACGUCAUGCUGAAAGUUCUCGCGAAAGUCGCUGAAGAUCGCUGGGCUAAUGAUUCCAUAACCUCUCCGUUGCCAGAAAUCUACGCCCUGGCUCAGUGCCACGGCGACCUGAGCCGCGACGAUUGCAUCCUCUGUUUCGCGCGGAGCAGGACUUCACUUUCUCGAUGCACUAUCUUGGAUACUAAGGGGCGGUUGUAUCUCGACGGUUGCUUCAUAAGGUCCGAUUACUAUAAUUUCUUUAAUGAGACCGUCGAUCCGCAGCACGACAUGGUCAAGUGCGCCAAUCAGUCCAGCGUUUCGGCCAACCAGCAGGCGAGGCAGCAGUUUGCCGCUAAGGUCGAUCGGGUGCUGACGAAUGUGUCGGCGGUUGCGCCGGAGAACAUGGGGUUCGCCGUUUUUGGAGAGGCGAGGAGGGGAGGAGUCGCUGGCGUUUAUGCGCUGGCGCAGUGCUGGAACACUCUCGAUGAGAAGGGGUGUAGAGAGUGCUUGGCGAAUGCGAUGAUCAGGGCGAGGAACUGCACUCCUGGGGAUGAAGGGAGGGCUAUGAAUGCCGGAUGUUUCAUGCGAUAUUCGACCCAGAGGUUUUAUACUGUCCCUACAGAUGGUGACUCGUUGAAGCUUGGGAUCAUCAUUGCUAUUUCUUUAUCCGUUGCUGCUGCAACUUCACUUCUUUUCGUCGGUGCUUAUGUUGGAUACAGAAAAUUAUCCAAGAAAAGAGAAGUCCAGAAGAAACUCUUUGGCGUUCCAGAAAUUGUAAGGAAGUCGAAUCUGAAUUUUAAUUACGAAUCGCUUGAGAAGGCUACGAACUUCUUUGAUGAGUCGAGGAAAUUAGGCCAAGGAGGAGCUGGUUCUGUAUACAAGGGGAUCCUCCCUGAUGGAAGAGUUGUUGCAGUAAAAAGACUGGUGUUCAACACUCGUCAGUGGGUGGAUGACUUCUUCAAUGAGGUAAAUUUGAUCACUGGAAUCCAACACAAGAACUUGGUCCGCCUUCUUGGUUGCAGCAUUGAAGGCCCGGAAAGCCUCCUAGUUUAUGAAUAUGUUCCCAACAGAAGCCUCGAUCAAAUCCUCUUUGUCAAGAAUGCGACCCAUGUCCUGAGUUGGCAGGAGCGGCUUAAUAUCAUCUCCGGAACAGCUGAGGGGCUGGCAUUUCUCCAUGGACCUUGUGGAGUGAAAAUAAUACACAGAGACAUCAAAAGCAGCAAUGUCCUUCUUGACGAAGAUCUCACAGCAAAGAUUGCUGACUUUGGACUUGCUCGAUGUCUUGAUCCAGAAAAAUCUCAUCUCAGCACUGGUAUUGCAGGGACACUGGGUUAUAUGGCUCCAGAGUAUCUUGUUAAGGGACAACUAACAGAGAAAGCAGAUGUUUACGCUUUCGGCGUGCUGGUCCUAGAAAUUCUAAGUGGUAGGAAGAACAGUAUCUUUGGGCAGGCCUCUGGUUCAGUUCUACAAUCAGUUUGGAAGCAAUAUAAAUCAAAUAGUCUUGCUGAAUGCAUUGAUCCUGCGUUGAAAGGCAAGUUUCCCGUCUCAGAGGCAUUAAAUGUGAUUCAAAUUGCGCUUCUUUGUACCCAAGCUUCCCCAGAUUUACGACCAUCCAUGUCUGAAGUAGUUGAGAUGCUCAACGACCAGGAGUGUAUAGUUCCCAUGCCAACGCAACCCCCAUUUCUCAACAAUAAUCCAAUUCCAGGUGACUCCAGCAGAAGCUCGAACACGAAUACUGGGAUCACAAACCGACUGACAAAUUCUGAAAUUUCCUUCGCUUCCACCAUAAGCCUCCGGUGAGAUAGCCUUUUUGGCAGAAUCAACUGAGCCAGUGGAGGCGACUUAAUUUUCGGACAUUGGAACAGGACCACUAUUUACUCUUCAGCCGCAUGUUAUGAGAUGGGAUAUGGUCCUGUGAGAAGGAUUGCAAGGAGUCCAGUGGCCAGUAAUGCUCGAGCGUUUCUCGAACCCCGAUCAGGAAAUUGGGAUGAGAAGAUUUGUGCAGCGAGGUCGGGUAAAGAUGCGGCUGCUGUGCAAGAGAUUGCAUAAGCUCUGUCACGACCUAAAUUUCGGGUGUACCACCUAAAAUUAGGCUAAUGAACUACUAAGUUUAACUUAGCUCGGGCUCUCCUAAGCCUAUACUGACUUAGGUUCAAAUAUCUAGUAUGCAAAAAGGAAUUGCAACUAAUUAGUUUACAAUAUGUCGAUUAUAUACCAAAGUAAAAUAAUGAGAGAAUUAUUUUACUUCUAUAAACCAGAGAUUUUGGGUUUGGGGAUUUAAUUACGUUAGAUUUUUCUAAUGUCAUUUCGGUACAUUUUCCUUUUAUUUUGAAAAAAAUGUUUUAUAGGUAGCUUGAAUUAAUUUUAAUUCACUUCUCUAA